AUGAACAUCAAAGUAAUUCGUAAACCACAAUUGAUUGAUAAGAUAUUUGUCAUUUGUGUGGCAGUGUUGAUGACUAUUAUAUUUAUUAACUUAGGAUGUGCUCUAGAUGUUGCUCAACUUAAACAGUGUGUUAGAAAACCAAUUGCUCCUGCAGUUUCAUUUUUUGCUCAGUUUCUAAUAUUACCAAUAUUAAGUUUUAUUUAUGCCAAGUUAAUAUUUCCAAAUUCAGUUUCAAUGCAAUUGGGCUUGUUUUUUACGGGAAUAAGUCCUGGAGGUGGCGCAUCUAGUGUGUGGUCCCUUCUUUUGGGUGGUAAUAUUAACCUCAGCAUUGUCCUGACAACUGUUGGAACCCUGGAAUCAUUUAUUAUGAUACCAUUUUGGAUUAUAUUUCUUGGUAAACGUAUCUUUUCUGUGGGUGAAAUGCCUGUACCGUAUUCCCGAAUUGGAUUCUCGAUUGUUGCAUUAAUUAUUCCUUUGUGUAUCGGGUAUUGUAUUCAGCGUUUUAUGCCUAGAGUAAGUCGAGUUAUGACACGUAUACUGAAGCCAAUGUCUAGUUGCUUGAUAAUAUUUAUAAUUAUCUUUGCCACUGUCACUAACUUAUACCUGUUCAAAAUAUUUUCUUGGAAAAUUAUUUUAGCAGGUGCAGUGAUACCCUGGACAGGUUAUUUAAUAGGGUUAUUAACAUCUAUCGUUGCACGUUUACCUACACCAGACAUAAUAUCUAUGACAGUCGAAUCCGGUAUACAGAACACUGGUAUUGCCAUAUUUAUGUUAAAAUUUUCUCUGGGACAGCCAGCUGCAGAUAUUACAACUGUUCUACCAGUUGCUGUUGCAUUAAUGACGCCGAUUCCCUUAUUAAUAUGUUUUAUUAUUAAAAAAUGUUUUGGAAAAAAGGAUGGAAUAGUAAAUAUUCAAGAUCCAGCAACUGAAUCAAUGCUAGACAAGAAAGAAUGUGAUGUUCCAGCAGCAAAUUCUGAGAAUGAAAAUAAUCAAGCGUGA